UUCAAUUACCCUAGCUCACGUAUCUGAUCCGAGCUUCGAAUUAGCUCCCUUGGGUACCGGGUGCUGCUCCGGAUUGCCAACGCGCCGGUGGUGGUGAUGGUAUCGGGAGACCAGGCUCCGGAAGAGAAGUACCCUACCUCGGCAGCGGCGGCGGCGGCAACCAUUAAUCCCGUGCUGCUAGCAUUGGCGUGCUGUGGCAACUCGGGGGGACUGGGUUAUUUUCUCCACGGAGAUGAAGGCGCGCAGCAGUAUCGGAUGGACAGCCAAGGUCAAGAACUUAUCGCCAAUGCUGUGAUGAUCUCCGGCGACGGGAGCCUGCCUUCCGACGAUGUAGAAGAAGGCGCUGCCGUGUCGGCGCUGUCUGCCUCGUCCGUCCUGGAGGGGGUCACCGCCGAAGGGGACACCGCGCUCCACGCCGUGGCCUGCUCUGGUGACGGCGACAACUUCCUGAGGAGCGCAGAGGUCAUCUGGAAGGCCAAGAACCUCCUUUUCUCGCAGAAUAACAACGGCGACACGCCUCUGCACUGCGCCGCACGGGCGGGGAACUCCCGCAUGGCGCUUCAUCUCAUCGCUCUUGCUAGAGGAGAAGACGGCAGCGACAGCAACAGAGUGAAGGCGAUGCUAGAAAUGGAGAACAAGCUCAUGGAGACGGCUUUGCACGACGCCGUCCGGAUUGGGAAUAAUGAUUUGGUCAAGAUGCUGAUGGAGGAGGACUCCGAGCUGGCCUGUUUCCCAAAAGGCGGCACUUCAGCUCUCUACAUAGCCGUCCUGACGGAGAAUACAACCAUUGUGGAGACACUGUAUCAAACGAGCCACGGGAAUCUCUCCUACUCUGGUCCAAAUGGGCAAAAUGCAUUGCAUGCUGCUGCACUCCGAGGCCCAGUACUUACAGGAAUGCUGCUGGAAUGGAAAAAGGGUCUUUCGACACAAAAGGAUGAAAAUGGGAGUACUCCUCUUCACUUUGCGGCAGCUCUCCUUGAUGAUACAAACCAAGUGCCUCAAGACAACUUAUCUUUGCAUUCAGAGGAAGCCAACCCUGCCAAAAGAAAGGGGCAAACUCCUCUUUGCUUCUCUGUGUCUCUGCUACGCAGAAGCCGGCAAAGAAGCGUCUGUUGGCAAUUGCUGAACGCUAACCCGGCCGAACUAUAUCAACCGGACUGCCAUGGGAUGUACCCCAUACAUGUCGCCGCCUCUAUGGGCGCAACUGGAAAUGUAAUCAUGUUUGCUAAGAAGUAUCCCAGUAGUGCCGGCCUGCGUGACAGCAACGGAAGGACGUUCCUUCAUAUUGCCGUCCAGAAGAAGAAAAGGGGUUUAGUCGAUUUUGCGAGCAAAAAUCACUCCCUAAGGUGGGUUCUCAAUAUGCGCGACAAUGGUGGCGACACUGCACUUCACCUAGCGGUCCAAGCUGGGAGCCUUACAAUAUUCUGUGCUCUGUUUGGGAACCGGCAUGUGGAUAUGAAUGUCACCAACAAGAAAGGGCAGACUCCUCUCGACAUAUCACGAUUCAUGAUCCCACCAGAAAUGUUCUACAAUCAGAAUUCUGAAGCACAUAUACGCCGCGCGCUCACAAUGGUAGGUGCGAGAAGCGGCGCCUCUCGCCAGGAUCACUUUGAAGAAAGCUAUAACAAACUGCACCGAGCAUCGAAAGACAGAGGCAGUGACACGGAGAAUGUGAAAGACACAACGCAAAACCUAUGUAUUGGCUCUGUUCUCAUAGCAACAGUGACGUUCGGGGCCACUUUCGCCCUACCCGGUGGUUACGUAUCCGAUGACCACGCUAAUGGAGGCACACCAACCCUCGCCGGGAGGUAUGCUUUUGAUGCAUUCAUGAUGGCAAACAUGUUGGCCUUCAUUUGCUCCUCGAUAGCCACAGUCGGCUUCAUGUUUUCAGGGGCGUCCAUGGUUAACCUGGCGAGUCGCAAGUUCCACAUGCGCUCGUCCGUAUAUUUCAUGGCGACAUCGGUCACUAGCCUGACUGCCGCCUUUGCGCUAGGAGUGUACAUGGUGCUAGCUCCGGUUGCUUACAAGACUGCCGUUGCCAUGUGUGUCAUGAGUCCCUCCAUUCUGCUGUGGAAAAAUGUGGAUUACUGGAAACGAUGGGCUCUUCUUCCUCGACCGUUUUAUGCUAGGAAGGGGCUAUCCUGGACACUGAAACAGUUCGGCUCACUGAUCAUCCAGAGCACUCUAACUGAAUUUUGGCCUUUCAUGUUAAUCUUCUGUUGGGCUGCAUAUGCAAGGACAUAGUCUGCUUUAUGAAUUACUGUACCUUUUUAUGAUCGUGGAGGAAGAGUUGUAGUUCAGUUGCGCGUGGUGAACUUACUUUCGAGUGUU